AUGACAGAUAUAUCGCCGAGCAUACAGCCGUACACUGCUCAACGUGUAACGUUCAACAGCGCACGACCUUUCGACGACGUCGUGGCAACAUUGCACAAGCUUCUCGGUUCAUCGAAACCAAUCGAUUACAAGUCACUCGCCUCUCAGGCCACUGACAUACAAUCGUUUGAGAAAAUCUUUAACUCCGUCAUUGGUCCAAGUGGGUUCAUAUUAUUUCUGGAAGUGGAUCACGGUGCUUGGUUCAGUCUAUUUGACAAAAGCACGCGUAAGAGUCGUAUGUUUGUACUGGGAAAUCCGUUGAUUGCAAGAACGAUGCUUGAACAUAAUCUAACAGCAGGAUUACACGUACCAGUGCGUUUGCUUGUGCUGGAGCAGGAUCCACACAUCACAACCAUUUCGUAUGAUUUGCCCUCAUCGUUGAUUGCUAUUGGUGGUGAUAAUCCGGCGUUGCUCAAUGCGGCAAAAGGGCUAGAUGAUAAGUUGGAAAAGUUGGCGAGUCAAGUAGCAAAUGGAAAAUGA